AUGGACUCACAGGAUUUUCUCCGGACAUUAGGGCUAUUUUCCCUCCUGAUUGCAGUAUAUAACGUCGGUUGGUUUCUGCUUCCCUUCUUCAACAAGCCGAAGCUUGAUCGCUACCUCAAGGCCGUCAACGGAAAGCCUGCGUGGGCGCUGGUGACGGGAGCCAGUGACGGCAUUGGCAAAGGGCUUGCAAAUGAGCUUGCACACAGAGGCUUCAAUGUUGUCUUGCACGGGCGUAACGAUGUCAAGCUGGAGGAAGUGAGGCACAAACUCGCACUGAGGCACCCGGAGCGGGAGUUUAGGAUCAUGGUCGGCGACGCAGGAGUGCUGGGAUCUGGAUCCGAGUCGUGGGACUUGAUGCUGGCUCCGCUUGAAAAUCUCAACCUGAGGGUUCUCAUCAACAAUGUUGGCGGAUGUGGUCAGAUGCCGAUGAUGCGGCGGCUGGACGAAUCCUCGAUGGAAGACAUCGCGGCCAACGUACACAUGAAUGCGCUUUUCCCGACGAUACUCAAUGCCAUCAUGAUCCCGCGUUUUUCGAGCAGUGCAGAGCCUGCGCUCAUCAUCAACGUGGGCUCGUUGGCCGAUGGAGGCUGGCCUCUGUUGUCCUUCUACUCUGGAAGCAAGUCAUACGUCAACUCGAUAUCGGCGUCCAUGGCACGAGAGUUGCGGAUGGACGGCAUCGACGUGGAGGUCAUUGGGGUGCGGAUCGGAGCGGUUGCAACGAAGACGGACCUCAUGAGUCCCCGUUUAUUCUGGCCAUCGGUAGAGACCAUCGCCAACGCCAUUCUGGAUCGGGUGGGAUGCGGACGGUCGGUUUUGGUACCGUACUGGCCGCACCUGGUGCAGAUACUGCUGGUGGAUAUGGUGCCGCUGGCAUUGCGGAAUCCGCUGUACAGCAUGGUGUUCAACAGGAUGAGAUACGAGGAGAAGAGGAUAUUCUCCAAGGAUCAAUAA